UUCACAACAAUACGAGUUAAACUUUAAAUAGAGAAAUCUGUGGAUUAAGACAGUUUUAACUAGUAACAUUUACCAAACAUGUGUAAAGUAGCACUCUUAAUUGAUAUGCAUAGGUACAUUUAUAAAUUACUGACGAAAAACCUUAUCCUUUUACAGACAAAUGUAUGCCUGCCAACCGGAAGUGAAUUAGCAGUUGUUAACAAAGGAAAUAAAUACACCGAUAAACCAUAAUCGUCUGCGCAUGCGCGAAUCAAUAACCCGGAUUAUUCGGAUUUCGAGUAAAAACAAAGAUGGCUUACACAUGCGCUGUUAAGAAUUGCUCUAAAGUGCAUAUUGGCUAAAUAAAUGGAAGAAACAAGAAUGCGAAAGCAGUGGCUGUUUACACAAGGACGCUAUGUGUAAAUGUGACCCACCAUUUAGAUUGUUUGCUUUUCCAACAAAAAUACGAGCAUCCGUGGAAAGAGGAAAGUGGAAGCAGCUAAUAGGAGGAAGAAAUGGUAACAAACUGUGGUCACCAUCAAAGGACAGUCGGCUGUGCUGCAGUCAUUUUGUUGAUUGGAAGCCUACCAAAGACAACCCCAAUCCAACUGUCAAUUUGGGGUAUGAUGGUGCAGAGAAGAGGGUUAAAAGAAUGACAUUGUUUGAUGCUACCUCUCACAGGGUGAACGCACCAAAGAAGAGAAGGUUAGUUACCAAGCCAGAACCUUUGACUGCAGUAGUUAUCCACGAUGACCCAGACAUGGAAGCGUUACCCAAAUCAGAACUGAAAGUGCCAUUUGUACUCACACUUCUAGUGUUCGUGGUUGGACUUCUGUUGAAAUUGCAUGAGCAGUUUGUGGAAAUUCAGAAAUUGAAAGAGAAGAUCAGUGAAUUGAGGGGCACAGUGAAUUAUCUUAAGAACAACGUUUGCACUGAGGAAAUUCUUCAAAAUGACAAAGAAGUAACAUUCUUUACUGGAUUGAACUGUAAAUCGGCGUUUUACAAAUUACAUUCAUUAGUUGCCCCGUUUGUGAAUAGGAAGUGGCGUGGCGUUCUGGUUUCAAAAGAAAGAAUUUCUAAACGAGAAGACGACACAAUCGGUUCCAAAUGUCAGCUUCUAUUGACGCUAAUAAAAUUGAGGCUUGGACUACUGAACAAAGACUUGGCUAAACGAUUCUGCAUAUCGGAAACCUUGUGCUCCAGAAUCUUUUUCACGUGGCUCCGAGCUUUAAGAACAGUUUUAGAGUGUAAAGUCUACAUACCGGAUGAGGAAACCUUGAAAGCUACAAAUCCACAACGUUUUCGAAAACUGAAAAACCUUCAUACGAUCAUAGACUGUGAGGAGCUCUUUAUCGAAACUCCAAAGGAUCUGCAUCUUCAAAGUGCCUCUUGGAGCGAUUACAAGCACCAUAAUACACUAAAGUUUCUUGUGGCAAGCACUCCCAAUAGUUCAAUUGUGAGUCCUGCCUAUAUGGGUAGAAUAUCAGACAAGGCCCUUACUGUGGAAUGCGGAAACUUGAAUCGUGUUCCUCAAUACUACUACAAUAAUGGUAGAUAAGGGAUUCAAAAUCACUGAAGAAUGUGCCGAGAGAAACAUUGAAGGGUAUAUUCCACCAGGAAGGAGAGGGCAGUCACAAAUGUCACAAACCAAAGUUAAAAAACCCAAGAACAUAUCCAACUUGCGUAUCUUAAUCGAACAAGUGAUAAGACGUUUCAAAACAUUUGGAAUCCUGUCCACUGAAAUGCCCAUUCAGAUGAUAAAUCAUGUUGAUGACAUUAUUAUUGUGUUUGCUGCUUUGUGCAAUUUGAAGAAGCAUAUUUAUAGAACUUUAAUUAGUGCUUUUGUAUAAGGAAGUAUGGUAGGCAUUUAUUUCUGGUGUAAUGCGUAUCCAAAUAUGAUAUAGCACCCAGUUUUCAAAAGUUCCCCAGGCACUCAUAAACUGCGUUUUUUAGGUAACAUGAAUGACUCGUGUGUAUUUAUGUAUAUAUAUAUAUAUAUUUCUACUUUGCUAUUUCCCUUUUUUUUGUACAUGUUUCAUGUUUAUUAUUCAUGUU